AUGUCCUUGUCGUUGUCUUGCAUGACACCCAUUAACUCCACGCCCCUCACUGUUGCUGCCAUCAUUGGCAGCAGCGAGCGUGCCUUUCUCCUUCUCCCUACCACAUAUGAUGCCUGCCUCCAAAAACUCUCGUUCUACCGCAUGACCCAAGUCUUGUGGGCGAAGGAGGCAUGGAAGGAGGGAUGUACCGCUUAUGAGAUUGAGAUGGCCUUCAAUAGUGAGAUCAUUCAAAUUAUUACUCGUCGCACAUCACAUCUCACCAGUCAGGUGAAAGGGAAGGUCCGUUCACUUAUCGAGAAUAUUUACGGCUUCGAGCAUGGCAGUCGGGACUCUGUCAAGUCCAGGAAUCGAAGACUGGCCCGUCAGCUCAAGAACAAGUUCGGUUUAUGUUAUUGGAACCCCGGAGAUGAGAAACAAAAGGUCCCUCACAGUGGGCUUUUUCGGACGAAGUUGAAUCAAAAAGCGGCCAAUUUGCUGUGGUACAGUAACAAAAAGGACAAAGGGGUAAUGUUCGAGAAGCUUUUUACUCUGUUUCCCAUUCCUGCCUUGGCAUUAGUGUACACAGCGGCAGAAUGUUGUGUCGACAAAUGGGUUGACAGCGAGCAGAUAGAUAUUAGUUUUUCGUGUGGCGAGUACAAGGAGGCUUAUGACAAGCACCUUGUUAACCUCAAGAAAUUCCAUGUGCGAACUAAGGUCCACGGCAUACUCGAUGGUAUCCUGAAGGAGAUUAAUGAUAAUGGGAGAAUUCAUGCAAAAGUAGAUCCGGCUGAUGUCGGAGAUCAAGACUGUCUCUCGGAUGACGAGAUUCACAAUGCCAUUCGCGAAUACGAGCAGGGGAGUGGCGUGAAUGAGACUGAUGAUGAGGAUGAGGAUUAUGGUAGUCAAUCUGAGCACAACGGAUGCGAAGACAAGUAG